CUAACUGACAUUGCGCUUGCGCCAAACACCGGAACUAAAUAUGCGCAUGCCUCGCGCCAAAUACGCUUAACUUCCGUUUAGGACAAGCGAAAAUGGCAGAAAGACCAGAAGACUUGAAUCUCCCCAAUGCCGUGGUGACGAGAAUUAUCAAAGAUGCACUUCCAGAAGGAGUGAAUAUUUCCAAAGAUGCCAGAUUGGCAAUAUCCAAGGCUGCCAGUGUUUUUGUGCUGUAUACCACCUCAUGUGCAAAUAAUUUUGCCAUGAAAGCCAAGCGGAAGACGCUGACAGGACAAGACGUGAUAUCAGCAAUGUCAGACAUGGAGUUUGAGCGCUUCACAGAGUCUUUACAACAAAGUCUAGAAGCAUUCAGGAAAGAACAGAAAAAUAAAAAAGAUGCUGCAGAAAAGCGAAAGAAAGAAAAAGAAUUGAAUGCGUCCUCAGAAGCAGCAGAUGAGGACAAAGAAAAAACUGAAAAUGCGGGUGAUGAUGAUGAUAUUGUGGAACUAGAUGGUGAUGAGGAGGAUGAGGAGGAAGAAGAAAAUGGAGUAGAUAGCGGACAGGAGGAAGAAGGCGAGGAAGAGGAAGAGGGCAAUUGAACUUCUGUUUCAAAAAAGAAAAGAAUUCAGUGAUACAUUUACACAUUAAAAACACCCCAAAGACACUUUGUAAUUGUUCAUUCUUGUCUUCAAGGUUGUUUUCAUUGAAGGUCUCAAAUGUUAUUUAUCAAUUUAUUGAUAAACAAAAUAUCACAUGAAAAAGAAGGAAAUUGACAUCCAAAAUGCAUAUUACAUACGUCAUUGUGUGGAGUAAGCAGUCCCGACCUUGGCUACAGACCUUGAAUGCAGUCAGUCAGAUAUUUAUUGCUGGACCACAUGCUGUUAACCCACAGUGAAGAAUCAAUCCCCUGAUUGCUGUGUAACUCUAAUGUAGAUCAAAAAUACAUGAUGAAUUCUAAACUGUACCACAGACAUGUCUGGUUGAGUUUGUAGUGUAAGUAGCCUUGAGUCAAGUUGUAACAUAAUGCCUUUGAAAACAUUGAAACUGUACAUACUAUGGAAGACGUUUUUAAAUGACACCUUUGUACAAUUAAAAA